AUGUUUACCGGAUUCAAUGAUUUUGUAAAUGGGCAACAAGCUGGUUUCUUUCCUAAUGCUAUUCCGAUUCCACAAACUUUCGAGGAUUACUUCAGAUGCUACCCGAUAGCUGAUAUGAGUGAUGCCUCCAGUAAAAUAGAGGCGAAUUACGGGGGCAAGGUUUUCUUGCCUCAAUCAGCGUUAAACAAACUCACAAUGUUAAAUAUAAGGUAUCCCAUGCUUUUUAAGUUAACUUCUGAAACUUCAAAAAAGUCAACACAUAGUGGAGUGCUAGAGUUUACGGCGGAGGAAGGUCGUUGUUAUAUGCCACAAUGGAUGUUGGACACCCUUCAAUGUCAACCUGGUACAUUGGUCAAGAUACAGACAACAGAUAUUCCAUUAGGAUCAUUUGUCAAGUUAGAACCUCAGUCUGUCGACUUUUUGGAAAUAACAGAUCCAAAGGCCGUAUUAGAGAAUGCACUCAGAAACUUCGCUACCCUUACGGUCGGUGAUAUUAUACAGUUACAUUACAACAAUCAAAUUUACAAAAUUAAGAUUUUAGAGGUGAAGCCUGAUUCAGAAAGCCAAGGAAUAUGUGUUAUUGAAACAGACCUUGAAACAGAUUUUGCGCCACCGGUUGGCUAUGUGGAACCUGAUUAUAAAAAGCAAAAGGAAGAGAAUGCGAAAAUACGCAGAGAAAAGGCAUUGGAUGCUCCAGCUUUAAGAGGGGAAGGCUCGAUGGCAAAACAGAUACAUUACGAUAAACUACUGAGAGCAUCAGAAGACAAUGAUAUUAAAUUUAAAGGUACAGGCAUAAAACUUUCCGGUAAAAAGGUUACUAAGACCUCAGAGAACAAAGACGCCGAUAAAAGUAUCGAUAAGCUUGAUCUUUCAGGUUCAUGUAAGCCUUUAAAUCUUCCGGAUGGUUAUCUUUUCUUUGGAUUUCCGGUUGUUCCAUAUAAGGAUGAUGUUGAAGAGGCCGAGGAGAAGCGUAAAGAGAAGGUUGAUGUUUCUUUCAAGGGUGAAGGACAUACCCUUCGCCACAGCAAGAAAAGGAAAGACAAGCGAAAGUCACAUCUUCCCAAAAAAAAUAAGGAGCAUUCUCCCGAAACCAUCGUAAUAGAUUAA